GAGCCUCGACGCGCUUCUCGUCUCUCUUUCCACUCUCUUUCCACUCUCUUUCCAGCUUUCCCAACUAUUUCCCAACGCUUCUUCACCACGUCGUGCCAAGUUGCAGUGGUGCACUCACCCACUCAAAUAUAACGUCAUAUUGCCUCUACGACGGACGUGGCAACUGCUCCGUAUCUGCUACAGCAACAUCGUCGGCGCAUACACUGCGCACUACCAUAACUUCACCUCGGAGACAGCAAGGCCAAGAUGGCGGACGACUAUGAAAGCGUAUUGCUAGUGAUAAAGGAGGUCAUGGUUUAUAGAGUUCCGCCGCGACAGACUUCCCGUGGGUACAGAGCUUCAGAUUGGGAUGAGACGCAACAUCUGUGGUCCGGGCGGCUGCGCAUCACAGCAACAGCCACCAAAGCGACCAUUCGCCUUGAGGAUAGCAAUACAGGGGAGCUGUUCGCAAUAGCACCCUAUGACCCCGCAGGGCAGACGGUCGAGUCCGUGAACGACUCGUCGCGCUACUUUGUCCUGAGGAUUGUGGAUCCUGCCAGCAAGCAGCAUGCAUUCGUUGGCCUAGGGUUCCCGGAACGGGGCUGGGCUUUCGAUUUCAAUGUUGCGUUGCAGGAUUUUUCUUCGAGGCUGAAGAGGGAUUCGACGCCUUCAGCGGCACGUGUUGUGGAAGGUCCGAAGGUCGACUAUAGCUUGAAAGAGGGGCAGACAAUAUCCAUCAACAUAGGGAAUUCAUCAGCGAAGUCUGUCUCGCGGCCGCAGGAGCAACGGACAAAUCCUUCCCUUCCAUUCUUGCCACCCCCACCAUCAGCACAAUCAAAGAGGACCGAAGCGCCAUCAAAUAGUACCGCAUCAGCUUUCGGCACGCCUGCAUCACAGCCUCAGCAGAACAACGAAUGGGCAGAUUUCGUUGGAUUUGGCGCAAGUUCACAACCACAGCCGAGCUCAUCUCAAGCUCCGCCUCUUUUCGAUACGGCGUGGCCAAACACGUCACAACAGCAGCAGGAACAGACGAAGCCGAGCGCAUCAUCGGGAUCUGUGCCCACGUCUUGGACAACAUUUUGAAUCAGUGCGUUGAGCGGGCAAUGAAGGCAUUGUUGUGUGGAAGCUGCUGGAACCCACAAUGCUCGUUUCCAUCCAACGUUCUCGCGUGCGUGCGACGCAUGUAUCAAGGCGGAUUACUAGAGGGACAGGAUGCCAUUGGGGCGUUGGUGGUGAUUGUGCAAGUGGGGCAGCAAAUAGACCAGUAGUGUAGUUUCCCUACGUAAGCAAUCGAUUUUGGGACUCAUUCAGGAGCAAAACUGGUGCAAAGUCCAGGGAGCCUGUACGGAGUGAGAAGCAAUGCAACCGACCUCGCCGUCCAAAGGGAACAUACAAGUCACUCUUGGCGUGAAACCCACCAGAGGACCUUAUUGCGAUGGGAAGCUGCUGUGA